UCUGGGGACCACGGGCUUCGCCUGGGAGCAAGUCAACACGUGGGAGAAGCCCAGCAUGGACGCCGCCAUUCCCACGGGCUCCUUCAUGGUGGUCAAUGCCUCUGGACGUGCCUCAGGACAGAAGGCUCACCUGCUCCUCCCGACGCUGAAGGAGAACGACACUCACUGCAUUGACUUCCACUACUCCCUGUCCAGCCGCGACGGCUCCAGCCCCGGGUCCCUCAACGUGUACAUCAAGGUGGACGGCGGUUCCCAAGGCAACCCUGUGUGGAACGCGUCCACGGUGACGGAGGGCUGGGUGAAGGCGGAGCUGGCCAUCAGCACCUUCUGGCCCAACUCCUACCAGGUGAUAUUCGAGGCGGUGUCGGUGCAAGGCCACCCUGGCUACCUGGCGGUGGAUGAAGUGCGAGUGCUGGCCCACCCCUGCCGUAAAGCGCCUCACUUCCUGCGACUGCAGAGCGUGGAGGUCAACGUGGGCCAGAACGCCACCUUCCAGUGCAUCGCCGGGGGCAAGUGGUCCCAUUAUGACAAGCUGUGGCUACAGCAGUGGAAUGGGAGGGACACAGCGCUGAUGGUGACGCGGAUGGUGAACCAGCGGCGCUUCUCGGCUACGGUCAGCGUGGUGGACACGUCUCAGAGAGGGGUCAGCAAGUACCGCUGCGUCAUCCGCUCAGACGGAGGCUCCGGCGUCUCCAACUACGCAGAGCUCAUCGUCAAAGCUCCACCGACGCCCAUCGCUCCCCCAGAGCUGCUGGCCGUGGGCGCCACCUACCUGUGGAUCAAGCCCAACGCCAACUCCAUCAUCGGGGACGGCCCCAUCAUGCUGAAGGAGGUGGAGUACCGCACCACCAAGGGCAACUGGGCCGAGACCCACAUCGUGGACUCGCCCACCUACAAGCUGUGGCACCUGGACCCGGACGUGGAGUACGAGAUCAAGGUUCUGCUGACCCGGCCAGGAGAAGGUGGCACGGGACCGCCUGGGCCACCCCUGGUCACCCGCACCAAGUGCGCUGAUCCGGUGCACGGGCCCCAGAGUGUGAACGUGGUGGACAUCCGCGCCAGGCAGCUGACCCUGCAGUGGGAGGCCUUCGGCUACGCGGUGACGCGCUGCCACAGCUUCAACCUGACGGUGCAGUACCAGUACGUGUUCAACCAGCAGGAGUUCGCCGCCGAGGAGCUCAUCCAGACCUCCACCCACUACACGCUGCGCGGCCUGCGGCCCUUCGUCACCGUCAAGCUGCGCCUGGUGCUGGCCAACGCCGAGGGCAGCAAGGAGAGCGAGGAGAUCGUCAAGCAGACCGAGGAGGACGUGCCUGGUCCGGUUCCCAUGGAGUCGAUUCAGACGGGACCUUAUGAGGAGAAGAUCUUCAUGCAGUGGAAAGCUCCCAACGAGACUAAUGGGGCCAUCACACUAUAUGAGAUCACCUUUAAGGCCCUGAACUCCCUUGACCCCAGCGCGGACCUCACCACGCAGCACGGGAGCGUGUUCAAGCUGCGGAACGAGACGCACCACCUCUUCGUGGGCCUCUACCCCGGCACCACCUACUUCUUCACCCUGAAGGCCCGCACCAGCAAGGGCUUCGGACCGCCAGUGACCACACGCGUGGCCACCAAGAUAGCAGCUCCCAUGAUGCCUGAGUAUGAGACAGACAUGCUGCUGAACGAGACGGACACCACCAUCACCGUGCUCCUCAAGCCCGCCCAGUCCAGAGGAGCACCGGUCAGUGCGUACCAGGUGGUGGUCCAGGAGGAGCGGAAGCAGAAGGUGCGUCGGGCGACGGAGGCGGUGGAGUGCUUCGCCGUGCCCAUGAGCUACCGCAACGCCUCCGUCCACAACUCGGCGCACUACUUCGCCGCCGAGCUGCCGCCCGCCACCGUGGCCUCCACCCACUCCUUCACCAUCGGGGACAACAAGACCUACAACGGCUACUGGAACGCCCCGCUCUCGCCCGCCAAGAGCUACAGCAUUUACUACCAGGCCCUGAGCAGAGCCAAUGGGGAAACUAAAAUCAACUGUGUCCGACUGGCUACUAAAGGUGCGUCCACCCAGAACUCCAACGCCGUGGAGCCCGAGAAGCAGGUGGACAGCACCGUCAAGAUGGCCGGCGUCAUCGCCGGGAUCCUCAUGUUCGUCAUCAUCCUCCUGGGCGUCGUGCUCACGUUCAAGAGAAGAAGAAAUGCGUAUUCCUACUCUUACUACCUGAAACUGGCCAAAAAGCAGAAGGAGACGGCCAGCAGCAGCACCCAGCGGGAGAUGGGCCCCGUGGGCACGGCCGACAAGAGCACGGGCAAGGUCAGCACCCUGCACAAGGACGACCCCUUCUCCACCAGCAGCCAGGACCUCAACGGCUUCUCCUCCUCCUCCCCCUGCUCCUUCUCUGUCCAGGGCAAAACUCUUCAAAGCAAAAGUCUCCUCAACUCCUACUACUCAGUGUCCAAAGAGCCGGUCCCUGCGACGGCGUCUCUAGACAGCAGCCACAGUGAGAUGGCCCAGCCCUCCCUGACCAUCCAGACGUACCCGUACGGCGGCUGCGAGUCGGUGGAGAUGUCCUACCAGGCGGGCCAGUUCCAGCCGGCCAUCCGCGUGGCCGACCUGCUGCAGCACAUCACCCAGAUGAAGUGCGGCCAGGGCUACGGCUUCAAGGAGGAGUACGAGGGUCUCGCUGAAGGGCAAACGGCGCCAUGGGAGACGGCCAAAAAGGACGAGAACCGCAACAAGAAUCGCUAUGGAAACAUCAUCGCUUAUGAUCACACCCGGGUCCGGCUGCAACCGUUGGAUGGAGACCCCCACUCGGACUACAUCAACGCCAACUACAUCGACGGCUACCACAGACCAAGACACUACAUCGCUACUCAAGGGCCCAUGCAGGAGACGGUGAGGGAUUUCUGGAGGAUGAUUUGGCAGGAGAAUUCCGGCAGCAUCGUCAUGGUUACCAACUUGGUGGAGGUGGGCAGGGUGAAGUGCGUGCGCUACUGGCCCGACGAGACCGAGGUCUAUGGGGACAUCAAAGUGACGCUGAUCGAGACCGAGCCGUUGGCCGAAUACGUCAUCCGCACCUUCACCGUCCAGAAGAGCCACCAUGAGAUCCGAGAGAUUCGGCAGUUCCACUUCACCAGCUGGCCCGACCACGGCGUGCCCUGCUACGCUACUGGCCUCCUGGGCUUCGUGCGCCAGGUCAAGUUCCUCAACCCUCCAGACGCCGGACCUAUCGUGGUCCACUGCAGUGCCGGCGCUGGACGAACAGGCUGCUUCAUCGCCGUGGACAUCAUGCUGGACAUGGCGGAGAACGAGGGGGUGGUGGACAUCUUCAACUGCAUCCGUGAGCUGCGCUCACAGAGGGUCAACAUGGUGCAGACAGAGGAGCAGUACGUGUUUGUCCACGACGCCAUCUUGGAAGCCUGCCUGUGUGGGAACACGGCCAUCCCCGUGUGUGAAUUCAGAGCCAUAUACUAUAACAUCAGCAGAAUAGACCCGCAGACCAACUCCAGCCAGAUCAAGGACGAGUUCCAGACGCUGAACAUCGUGACUCCUCGGGUGCGUCCGGAGGACUGCAGCGUGGGCCUGCUCCCUCGUAACCACGACAAGAACCGCAGCAUGGACGUGCUGUCCGCCGACCGCUGCCUGCCUUUCCUCAUCUCCGUCGACGGCGAGUCCAGCAACUACAUCAACGCUGCCCUCAUGGAUAGCCACAAACAGCCAGCAGCCUUCAUUGUGACCCAGCAUCCCUUACCCAACACCGUGGCCGACUUCUGGAGGCUGGUGUUCGACUACAACUGCUCCUCCAUCGUCAUGCUGAAUGAGAUGGACGCCGCUCAGCUUUGCAUGCAGUAUUGGCCGGAAAAGAGCUCCUGCUGUUACGGUCCCAUCCAAGUGGAGUUCAUCUCCGCAGACAUCGACGAGGACAUCAUCAACCGAAUUUUCAGGAUUUGCAACAUGGCACGGCCACAGGACGGCUACCGGCUGGUGCAGCACUUCCAGUUCCUGGGCUGGCCGGCGUACCGCGACACCCCGCUGUCCAAGCGCUCCAUUCUGCAGCUGGUGCGGAGACUGGCCAAGUGGCAGGAGCAGUACGACGGAGGCGACGGCCGCACUGUGGUCCACUGCCUAACCGGCGGAGGACGGAGCGGAACAUUCUGUGCCAUCUGUAGCAUCACGGAGAUGAUCCAACAGCAGAACAUUGUAGACGUGUUCCACACAGUCAAGACCUUGCGGAACAACAAGUCCAAUAUGGUGGAGACUAUGGAGCAGUACAGGUUCUGUUAUGAGGUGGCCCUGGAGAGUCUCAACUCUUUCUGAGAAAGUGAGAGAGAGUUUGAAGAGACACUGACCCUCUUACUCAUGUUGAACACUCAACGUUGUACAGAAGCACGCUGAAGAGGCCACUGCUCUGAGAAACUGUUCAAAUAGAGAGACCAUGCUCCUGUUGGACGAGACAUGGCGUCUGAUUUUAUGUUGCAGGAUAAACAAUCUACAUCCACUAAGGAGAAAAAAAAUAAAGAUAAAAAAAAUACAAACCUUUCAACAAAAAAAAAUGGACACUUACACUACACUUGUUUUCUCUUCUCUUAUCUCCAUGUCCAGCACCACGUGUGUAUUCUGGACUAUGAUGUGAUAUUGUACAGUACUUUUUAGAUAUAUACCUUGAAUGUUCCCAUCUGUGUAAAGACAACUAGACUAAUGACUAAAGUGUAUACAUUACCACAAAGAAGCGCUCUGGAUGCCAUAAGGGGUGAACCAAAAAGACUAUAGUUGAGCAAUGUACAGCUUCCCAAGGGAAAAUGAAGCUCAAUUAAAAUUUGAACAAGUGAAAAAACAUGCCUAAUCACAAAUAUUUUUCUUAUUAUAAUGCUUUUGUGGUUCCUAAAAUAUGAAGUCAUGGCAUACGUUUUGUGCUUACACCCAAACGCACAUGUUUUUUUUUUAUUGUUAUUAUUAUUAUUAAGGGGAUUUGAAUAGUUGUUUGUAUUGUUUUUGUUUGUUUUUUGGUUUGUUUUUUGGUUUGUGUCUGCUUUUAAUUUCAUAUGUCAGUAUUGUGGUAUGGCCACCUAUGCCAAGCUUGAGUAAUGUUGCUAGUGUGGAUUUGCUGCAUCGCAAGUGUAAAGGUGGUUGAAGCUUUACUAUCCCCUAACUAUUGAGACGCCACAGGCAGUGAAAGGUCAUGCCAUUUUUUAGAUACAUCACGAUUUUGUCUUGGUCAUUUUGCACUUUAUUUUACACAUCCUUACCUCCAGUACUGAGCAUUUACAGAAAAAAGGCAAGCCGUGUCAUGUGAUUGCUAGUGCCAAUUGAUAUCGCACAGAAACACUCAACACUCAACCGGAACAAGACUAUAGGUUCAAGAUAACUACUGGUACUAAGGUAGGGAGACGUGAGGUAAGAAUACUUGAUUUGACUUUAACUCCCAUUCAUAUCAGAUGAGAAAAGAGGAUACGCAACCCAAAAGAAAAAAACAAAUCUCAAAACCUGUCACUUUUUUUCUACCCAGCGAUGAAGAAAUUAUCAUCUUGCGAUUGGAACGCAAGCUCUCGAGUGACCUUUGCACGCUAACCGUGUUUUGACUGUGUUCUCUGUAUAUGGAACAGUUUUUGUACAGUAAUGUUCCAGGUUUGUCCUUAGAAUGUUUUGCUCAAUAUAUACAGUACAGCUUGUCUAAGGUUAGGAAAUGGAAACUGAUCUUUCGAAGAAAAAAAAAAACAGUUGGUAUUCUGAAUUCUGGACACUGUGAAUGAUAAUACUCUGAAGAAUAGAGAAAUGAUUUAAGAUAGGUAUUUGAAAGUGUGGAUGCACUCUUUUUUCUGUCCUUCAAAUUUUCAUACUGUGUCUCCACUGCCUGAAUUAUAUUUUUAUUUUCCUUCUAUCUUUUUGUUGUAUUUGAACUUUUUUUUUUUUUUUUGUCUAGCAAAGUGAUAUUUAGCAUUGGUGAUUUACUUGCCAUGGUUGUUCUGUUGUUUGGAAUUGUGGUAACAUCAAUAAAGGGACCAAAAUGUUG